UUUGCCUGUCAACUUUUGUAUUGCAAAGAUGGGGUUUCUUUCAGACCACAAAUGGCAUGCCUGCUACAUGUACUUGCUCUGUCUUGCUUUAAUUGUCAUCACAGAGGCUCAAAGAUGGGAAAACCAUGACCCUUGGAAGAUUGGGGAAUUUGAGCUUAAUGUCAAAAUUAUGAUUGACACUGAGAGAUCAAGUCUUAGUGAUUUUGUAAUGGAGAAGGAGUUGACCCAACCAUGUAAGGAAACCAAGAUUCUUUUGGUAGCAGGAAUCAGAGAGCUUUCAACAAGAGAAUUCCAUCUAAAUGAUGAAUUGACUGAAAUCAUGAGGAUGACAAUGAAAGAUAUGAAAACAUUCAAAAAUAUCAAGAAUUCACUGCAGGCAAUCGUGCACAAAAACCUGGAUAUGAUGCAACCAAGGUUGGCAUGGUAUUACAACCAUAAAGAAUGCAAACAAGAUGAAAAUGGCGACUAUUGUUUCACCCAAGUUGAUUAUACAUUAAAGUUCUUUAACACAUACAAACUAAAAGGACAAAAACAAAUGAAGAAAGUAACAUUUAAGGACUAUUUUCAAUACAGGAUUAAAAGAAAUUCGACGAAAGCAAAAUCAGAUUCAUAUCAUGCUAAAGGAAAAAAACAUAUAACAAUCGUCAUAAAACAUGUAUUCACAGAGAAAAGUAUUGUAAGCUCACUGGCAUAUAACAUAUGGACAUUUUUCUUUGGCAAAGCAGAAGAUAUUGAUGACUCAAUAAUGAUCAUCAUACCAAGUUUUGAGAGCACAACUGAACAUGACCAAAAGGUGGCACACUUAUGGAAAAACUUUGACCCGUGGAAGAUCAGGGAAUUUGAGAUUACAGCUCGAUUUGAGGUGGAACCUGAGAGAUCCAGACUUAGUGGUAAUCAGAUUGAGGAGGCACUGAAACAACCUAGCAAUGAAGCAAAACAUCACUUGAUAGAAGAUCUCAGAAACCUUACUCAUUUGGAAUUUCAUCCAAAUGAUGAAGUAACCAAUAUUAUUAAACAGAUGCUAAAGGGCUUUAAAACAUUUACAAAUAUUAAGAAUUCUCUUAAACUGGUAGUGCAUGAAAGCCUAAACACCAAACAACCAAGAUUAGCAUGGUUUUAUGAUCGCAGUGAGUGCUCUAAGGAUGACACUGGGGACUACUGUAUGACUCGUGUUAAUGUAGAAUUGAAGCUUAUUAUACCUAACAAAAAACAAAAUGUUAAACAAAAAGAAAUGACAUUUGAAAAGUCCUUUAUCUAUGGGAUUACAGCAACACCCUCUGAAGCAUCGGAUCUAUCUGAUAGAGUAAGAAAACCACUAUUUGUCAAGAUCAGACAUAGUACAGAGAUGAGUAUGAUAGUAUUGCAACCUCUUUGACGUAUUAUGUAAAGAAACUGUUUUUGUUUUUCACUGGUAAAUCACAAAAGGAUGGUACAGUAAGGAUCUAUUUAAACAGGAUAGCCGAACCUGAGGACAAAACUUGUGCCAAUCGGAAAACUGAGAAAAGUGUCACUUCUGCAUAUAAUAUAUUCACAGUAAUAGGUAUUAUUGUAAUAGCAGUUUCGAUCAUUACGAACAAAUAUUUUUAUAUUAAUUGUUCCAU